AAAGAGAGGACAAACAUGUCUCACCGGAAUCGGAAAACCCGGAAACCGGAAGUAGUGCUGUACUGUUCCACGUGGUUUAUGAGAUUGCGGUUGGCUCCAUUCGUUUUCGAGAAGAAAGGUCGUGGUGACACCAACUCUGAAGUUGUAUGUAUAUUUAUCUGGGAGUCGGUGGCGUCCAGGUAUCCCAAAACACGGUGUGCGAUGCCCCAAGUAGAGAUGGAGGAAGACUCGUGGACUUCAGAUUCUGAAGUGUCUGUUGUUGUUACUGACCGAGAGCUCCAGGAGGCGUUUUCUAAAGGUUCAUUAAAGCCAGGCCUAAAUGUUGUGUUAGAAGGACGACCAAAAACUUUCAACAAUGUGGAUGGAUUGAAGCAAUGCUUGUCUGAAUUCCAGAGGCACCUGGCCUGGAUUGAAAGGCUUGAUGUUACCUCUCAUCUGGCAACAAACGCAACUCCUAGUCAAACACUUGACAAAGAUGCUGCAGAUCCUGAGGAUGAUUUCAAGAGAGAGAUGAGCUUUUAUCAUCAGGCCCAAGCAUCUGUUCUAGAAGCUUUACCUCGGCUACAUCAGCUCAAAAUCCCUACUAGGCGGCCUGAUGACUAUUUUGCAGAGAUGGCAAAAUCUGAUCAGCAGAUGCAGAAGAUUCGGCAAAAGUUGAAGAGCAAGCAAGAAGCAAUGGAAAAGUCCGAAAGAGCCAAACAGCUCCGUGCUCUGAGAAAAUACGGCAAAAAGGUCCAAACUGAGGUGCUGCAGAAGAGGCAGAAAGAGAAAUCCACAAUGCUGAAUGCUAUCAAGAAAUACCAGAAAGGUCUCUCAGACAAGCUGGAAUUCUUGGAAGGUGAAAAAGCGCCUGCUCCUCAGGGAAAGAAAAAGGAGGGAGCUGGAGGCCAGCAUACAAAGAAAGGACCAAAUGCCAAACGACGCUACAAGGAUCAGAGGUUUGGCUUUGGUGGCAAGAAGAAAGGGUCAAAAUGGAACACCCGAGAAAGUCACAAUGACGUGUCCAACUUCCGUGCUAGUGUGGCCCACUACAAAGGUGCUAGGAAAGAGGGAAAAAGUGCCAAUAAGAGGCCUGGCAAAAAGAUGAGGCAGAAAAUAAAGAACCGUUCUCGAUAAGGAGUAAAAUGGGUGGCUUUUUCUUCUUUGUGAGAUCCAACUACUUCAGAACAUUUGCCUAAAGCCAUGAACUGAUACAAGACUGCCUAGCCAUUUGGCUUGCCAUUUACAAUCGGCAGUUGGUACUGCCUGACACUGAGUGUAUCAAGCAUUUAUAUAUAAACAGCAACCAGGUGUUA